AAAUGCAUAUUUCUUUAUUAAUAAUCUUUACAAUAAUCAUAUUUCUGUAUCAAUCUAAGUAAAUAUAAAGAAAAACAAUUAAUUGCAUAGAUCUUAAAAACUGGUAUAGUUUAUAGUAAUACGUAUUCGAUAUUCUAAGAUAUUACGAGAUACUUGAGUAAAUAAAAAAUUGAGUAAUGGACAGAGUUCUUUUCCCACCAAUAGACUUGUUGACAAAUCGUCGGCGAGAGCUAAGUGCGCAUAAGAGGAAGCAUUAUGUAAGCCUGAGUAAGCUUUAUUUAUAGACAGUCCUUCACUAAGAUACGUUACAGAAUCAUAUCUGACAAGCAUUUUGCAAGGAGAUAUUGAAUCACAAUGUACAACGUACAGAAUAAAACUGCAAUGAUUACUGGGGCGGCUACUGGACUAGGCUACAAGUACGCCGAAAUAUUGCUUCGUAAUGGUGCAAAGAAAAUUGCCGUGGUCGACUUGCCAACAUCGAAUGGCCAGAAUGCGGUAGCUACCUUGGAGAACGAAUUUGGGAAAGGCCGUGCCAUCUUCAUUGCCUGCGACGUGUCAAAGGCCGAUGACUUGAAAAAGACAUUUGAAAAGAUCGUCGAUGUGUUUGGAAAACUCGAUAUUCUUAUCAACAACGCCGGCAUUUUGAACGAUAAUCUCUGGGAACAAAUUAUCGAGGUUAAUAUCAAAGCGGUAAUUCGCGGCUCUCUGUUGGCCUUUGACCAUAUGGGAAAGCAUAAAGGCGGCAAGGGCGGCGUAAUCGUCAACAUCUCAUCCGUGGCUGGAUUGUAUCCUGCUUUUGUUCCAAUGUAUUCCGCUUCGAAGCAUGCCGUUCUGGGAUUCAGCCAGUCUUUGGCAAAAAUGUACGACAAGACCGGAGUGCGAGUUGUUAUAUUGUGCCCGGGAGUUACAUUAACAGCGAUGGUAGCAGAUAUCCAAGAUAAAACGUGCGACUCUUUUCGAAAUCUGAUAGACAUUGAUGCUGAAAUGGAUAACUAUCCGAAACAAACAACCGAUAAUGUGGCUUUUGCAAUGUUAGAUCUAAUCCAGAAGGGAGAAAACGGAGCGGCUUGGGUCAUCGAAGGUGGUCAACCGCCGUAUGCUGUGGACUUUCCUCAUUAUUCUAAACGAUCUUUGCCUGUAUAAAGUCGAUAUUUGAUGACUUAUCUUAUUCUUUUUUAAUCAUUUUACACAAUAACCAGCAAAUGUUACAGCAUAUUUGUUGAAAAUUAUAAAUAAUGUUUAUUUCAAAUAAACAUUAAAAUUCCAAUCAAAUUGAUUAUGUCUAUGAUAAUUAAUAUUAAUAAAAAAUUCUCACAUUC